AUGCCUCGCCUUUCCUACGCGCUCUGUGCGCUGGCUCUCGGCCAUGCUGCCAUUGCGGCUCCUCAGUUGUCCCCUCGUGCUACUGGCAGCUUGGAUACCUGGUUGGCUACUGAAACUACGGUUUCGCUGAAUGGUAUUCUCGCCAACAUCGGCGCCGACGGUGCUUAUGCGAAGAGCGCAAAGCCUGGCGUGAUUGUUGCCAGUCCCAGCACCAGCAACCCAGACUACUACUAUACCUGGACGAGAGAUGCUGCUCUUGUCACGAAAGUCCUUGUCGAUCUCUUCCGCAACGGCAACCUGGGUCUGCAGAAAGUUAUUACUGAAUAUGUCAACUCUCAGGCCUACUUACAGACCGUCUCUAACCCGUCUGGCGGUCUUUCGAGCGGAGGUCUCGCGGAGCCCAAGUACAACGUCGAUAUGACCGCCUUUACCGGAGGCUGGGGCCGUCCUCAACGGGAUGGUCCGGCUCUGCGUGCCACGGCGCUCAUCGACUUUGGCAACUGGCUGAUUGACAACGGUUACUCCAGCUAUGCUGUCAACAACAUCUGGCCCAUUGUGCGCAACGACUUGUCCUAUGUGUCUCAGUACUGGAGCCAGAGCGGCUUUGAUCUCUGGGAAGAGGUGAACUCCAUGUCCUUUUUCACCGUCGCUGUCCAGCACCGUGCCCUCGUUGAGGGAAGCACAUUUGCUAAAAAGGUGGGAGCCUCCUGCUCGUGGUGUGACUCGCAGGCCCCGCAGAUCCUCUGCUACAUGCAGAGCUUCUGGACGGGCUCGUAUAUCAAUGCCAACACUGGCGGCGGCCGUUCCGGCAAGGACGCCAACACCGUUCUCGCCAGCAUCCAUACCUUCGACCCCGAAGCCGGCUGCGACGAUACUACUUUCCAACCCUGCUCUCCUCGGGCCCUUGCCAAUCACAAGGUGUACACCGACUCGUUCCGCUCGGUCUACGCGAUCAAUUCCGGCAUCGCACAGGGUGUCGCCGUUUCCGCUGGCCGCUAUCCCGAGGAUGUCUACUACAACGGCAACCCCUGGUUCCUCACCACGCUCGCCGCUGCCGAGCAGCUCUACGACGCUAUCUACCAGUGGAAGAAGCUCGGUUCCAUCACCAUCACGAGCACCUCUCUCGCCUUCUUCAAGGACAUCUACAGCUCCGCCGCCGUCGGCACCUACGCCUCCAGCAGCUCCACCUUCACGGCCCUCAUCAACGCCGUCAAGACCUACGCAGACGGCUACGUGAGCAUCGUCGAGGCCCACGCCAUGACCAACGGCUCCCUCGCCGAGCAAUUCGACAAGUCCUCCGGGACCUCCUUAUCCGCCCGCGACCUGACCUGGUCAUACGCCGCCCUCCUAACCGCCAACAUGCGGCGCAACGGCGUGGUGCCUGCCCCCUGGGGCGCUGCCUCCGCCAACUCCGUCCCCUCGUCUUGCUCCAUGGGCUCUGCCACGGGCACCUACAGCACCGCGACGGCCACCUCAUGGCCCAGCACGCUGACCAGUGGCUCGCCGGGCAGCUCCACUACCACUGCUGGCUCCGACACCACCACCACCAGUAGCAGCACCACGACGACGAGCGCCUGCACAACCCCUACCUCCGUGGCUGUUACCUUCGACGAGAUAGCCACAACUACCUACGGCGAGAACGUCUACAUCGUCGGCUCCAUCUCGCAGCUCGGGAACUGGGAUACCAGCAAAGCAGUAUCCCUGAGUGCGUCCAAGUAUACCUCCACCAACAACCUCUGGUACGUGACGAUCAACCUGCCGGCUGGCUCGACGUUCCAGUACAAGUACAUCCGUAAGGAAAGCGAUGGCUCGAUCGUGUGGGAGAGUGACCCCAACCGCUCGUAUACGGUGCCGUCAGCUUGUGGGGUGUCGACGGCGACUGAGAAUGAUACUUGGCGGUGA